UCCAUCACUGGGACUGGAGACAAGAUGCUGCAAUAUUCAGCUAAACACAAAGUGCUGGAGUAACUCAGCGGGUCAAGCAGCAUCUGUGGAGGACGUGAGUGUGUGAUGUUCCGGGCGGGACCCUGCUUCGCUCCAGUGAGACUGGAGCCUCUCUCGUGAAAAUCUGUCGACCGGUCGUCCUCUCGCUGAUAUUUCCUGCACGUUUGAUCUCAGAAAAUUUGAGGGGUCGCGGUGGGGAUGCAGUGAUCCCGAUUCCAGGACAAUCGAUUUGCAGCAUCUGCGGGAUCGUGCCUGUGGGAUCUGAACCACCAGGGAAGGAGGAAGAAUCUUACCCAUGCUAAAGAGUGGAGCCACGCUUACCCUCCAUAUACCUCCUGGAUCAUUGUAUAUCAGGGUGUGCAUUGUGAGGAGCAGGCAGGAGUUGUAGUCGGGGCAGAAUGCCAGGAGAGCCUCGAAUCGCCCGCAACAACGACAUGGAUUUUCGGGCGAAUAUAAGAGAAUUUAAGAAGCUGCCUAAACAAGCCCGCGGCAAUGUGCUAACCACAGACAGGCCGAGGUUGCUCAAUGAGCCAAAGAAACGCAAACAAAGGUACGUGAACAAGGAUGGGAAAUGCAACGUCCACCACGGGAAUGUGCAGGAGACUUACCGCUAUUUCAGUGACCUCUUCACCACCCUGGUGGACCUCAAGUGGCGCUUUAACCUUUUAAUCUUCACAUUGGUCUUCACCGUUACCUGGCUGUUCUUUGGCUUCAUCUGGUGGCUGAUAGCGUACAUCCGCGGAGACCUGGAGCAUCUGGGAGACUCCACCUGGACGCCGUGCGUGGACAAUUUGAACGGGUUUGUGUCGGCAUUUCUAUUUUCUAUCGAGACUGAAACGACAAUUGGCUACGGGCACAGAGUUAUCACGGAGAAGUGCCCUGAGGGCAUCAUCUUGCUGCUGGUCCAGGCCAUCCUGGGAUCCAUCGUCAACGCCCUGAUGGUCGGAUGCAUGUUCGUGAAGAUUUCUCAGCCCAAGAACCGUGCGGAGACGCUGAUGUUCUCGCACCGUGCCGUCAUCUCUCUCCGAGAUGAGAAGCUCUGCCUGAUGUUCCGCGUGGGGGACCUCCGCAACUCCCACAUUGUGGAGGCUUCCAUCCGGGCCAAGCUCAUCAAGUCCCGGCAGACCAAGGAAGGCGAGUUCAUCCCCCUCAACCAGACCGACAUCAACGUGGGCUUUGACACCGGCGAUGACCGGCUCUUCCUCGUAUCGCCGCUCAUCAUCUCCCACGAGAUCAACGCGAAGAGCCCCUUCUGGGAGAUGAGCCGCAGUCAGCUGGAGCAGGAGGACUUUGAGAUUGUGGUGAUCCUUGAAGGCAUGGUAGAGGCAACAGGAAUGACCUGCCAGGCCCGCAGCUCCUACUCUGACUCCGAGGUCCUCUGGGGCCAUCGCUUCACCCCUGUGCUAACCCUCGAGAAGGAUUUCUACGAAGUGGAUUACAACAGUUUCCACGAGACGUACGAGACUAACUCCCCGACCUGCAGCGCGAAAGAAGUGUAUGACAUGCUGAGGGCAGGACGCGCUCUGUCCGAGAUCUCCUUGCUAAACCUGCCCGAUGAGGUGGCUGCCAAAGAUACUGGUGGAGAAAACUGCAACACAAACUGCCCCACAGCUCAGCCAGUGGACUCCAAACCAUUCCCCCUCACUGAAGAGUACUGCACAGGGUUCUCGGCUCAAUUCGUACAAGGCCUUGAGGAGGCUCAGAAACUCUAGAGGAGCCUGGCUCCAGCGAGCCUGGUGAUUCAACCUGUUGUCACCGUUCAGCCACUGACAUCCCAAACCAGUGAUCUACCAUGUGAGCAGGACUGAGAUGUACAUUCGAGGUCCUCACCAUUAUCCCCAUGGCGUGCACUGCGGAUUUUAGUUAGCGAGCGGGCUGUGUCAUUUGUACAUAAUGAAUAAACAUUACCAUCCAUUA